UGGGCAGUGGAGUGAAACUGAACAACUCCUGCACCCCCAUAACCACACCAGAGCUGACCACUCCAGUGGAGCUCCAGCAAAGAUACAUCCAAGAGGACGGAGACCUCCACGGCUCUCCUGGGGACAGGCCCCUCUGGCAGCAGACGGUACCCUGGGUAGGCCUGCAUGGACAUCCCCAUCAGCAGCAGAGACUUCCGCUGCCUGCAGCUAGCCUGUGUGGCCCUCGGCCUGGUGGCUGGCAGCAUCAUCAUCGGUGUGUCCGUGUCCAAAGCUGCAGCCGCCGUGGGUGGCAUCUUUAUUGGCGCUGCCAGUCUGGGGUUCCUCAUCUUGGCCUACCCCUUUCUAAAGGCUCGGUUCAACCUGGAUCACAUCCUGCCCACCAUAGGGAGCCUGAGAAUUCACCCCCACCCGGGGCCAGACCAUGGGGAGGGAAGAUCCAGCACCAAUGGCAAUAAAGAGGGAGCCCGAAGCAGCCUGUCCACUGUGAGCAGAACACUGGAGAAGCUGAAGCCAGGGGGCCGGGGAACUGCAGAGGGCUGAGGCAGGGGUGAGGGGUUACCCCCUACCCUCCCUCCCUCUCUGCCUACUACCCUGAUCUCAGAGCCCUCCUGGGUCCGAACCAGAGGUGAACCAGGCCCUGGAGACACCAGACAUGCAUUCGCCUGAGCAAAGCUCUUGAAAAUGGAUCCCACAUGGCCGAGAGCAGGGCCUGAAGCAAAGGUGUCACUGGAGGUUCCACAGGGGACCCUUGUAUCAGGCUUUUGAUGUGGAUUUUCUCUCUGGACUGCAGCUCAGCAGGCUUCCCUUUUUGAUCUACUGACUGGUUUCUCUGGAAUUGGGGGCCAGAGGUACUUCAGGCCCUUGCUCCAGCCUGGCCACAGAAAUGAACCACAGGCUGACAGGAGCCACAGACAGGAUCCCCUCAGCCCCUGAGGCUUGGCCCUGGGCUUCUAGAGCUCACUGGAUAGAUAGAAGGGCUGGAACAGAUUCUUUCUGGAUAUCAAAAACUUUGGGCCACUCCUUAGGUACAGGCUUUCAGCAAUAGCAAACCAGACAGGAGCAUGUCCUAGACAAACAAAAUAGUCAUGCUGGGACAGGGGCCCAGGUAAGGCAGUGACCUAGAGGCUUCCAGGAGGAGGUGGCUCCUGAACUGAGUCCUGUCCUGAGACUCUUGUGUGUGACUCCACCAUCCAAGGCUUUUUGUGAUCUCACCCCAGACAAGACCUCCAGCCUUCCCUCUUGUCCCCCACCCUCUCACCGCUGCUGAACAAUCUCAAAUAUUCCAGCCUCCACGCUUUGUCUUGUGUUCUCCUGGAGGCCCCCUACUCCUCUCUGCCUAUCCAAAGCCCUCACCUUGAAAGGCACAGUUCCAAGGAUCCCCUUAACACAACACCCUCCCCAUCAUCUUCCUGCAGCCCAUGCCUCUCUCCCUCCACGGGGUCCAGGCAGGCUGAAGUCUCCUUUUUCAUAAAACAAUUAUUAAUCCUACUGAAACCUACUGUGCGUUGCCCUUUUCCAGUUACUGUCAGGGUACACAGUAGGUGCUCAAUAAAUGUUAGUGGCAUCAAUUUAACACAAAAACAAUUCCCCAAUCUUUCCCUGGAGAGUCACAUCAAGGCCCCAUGUAUCUUUGUGGUUUGGGGCAAGGAGGACCUGGCCCACGUGUGUGUGGCUAUGCAGAAAACAUUGUGCCUCCCUCCACACCACUCCUCACUCACCUACACCCUCAAGGUGGAGCAGGUGUUUGACCUCUACAGAGACAUCUGCUCCAUGUGGCCUCUGUUCAUGUUUGUGAGCAAAGGACAAGCUAGGAAGAGUCUCAUUCUUCAAGGACCAGUGCAGAUGACACCUCCUCUCAGAAGCCUCCCCUGACUGUGCUGUGCUCCCACAGCCCAUAUCAUUCUGAGUGGUCUUUGUCACCUUCCUCCUCUCAAGAGCAGGGGCCAGAGGACGUACCCAGCAGACGUCGCAAAACCAAACCAAAAGUGGGAGAGGCCACUUCAUUGUACGGAUGGGAAAGCUGAGGCCCUCCAGAAAAAAGGACUCAUCGAGUCCCGCGGUGAGAGGUUGUGCAACCAGGCCUUAUAGUCAGGGCUCCUCUCUCCCCACCCAAGGCUCUACCCUCUGCUGUCCUUGGCACAGAGACCAGCUCCCUGACCAGAGUGGGACAGACCUCCACUCAUAAAUGCUGGCCAGUUGUGGAGCCUGUGGUUCCUCCAGCCUGAGGGAAGUCCCCCUCCUUCUAUUUCCCUCCCCUCCACCUCCCUCCUGCCUGAUCACUUACCCUUCUCCACUCCCUCAACGUCAUUAUCAUCAACAUAACUUGGGCCCAGCGGCCCCUCCUUGCUCAAUAAGGAAACCCUUCCUCCUGCCCAUCUUUAAUCCUUACCUGAA